GAUGGCGGAGGAGAGUAGAUGAGUGUGGAGGGGAUUCAUUUAGGAGUGAGUUUGUUUAAGAGGCACAUGGUUCGUUGGUAAACGGCUGGGUGGUCCUUCUACAUCAAGGUGGAUACACGGGUUCUUGUUCUCUGUUACAAAAACAAAAACAGAAUUACCUGGAAAAACUCAGCAGGUCUGGCAGCAUCGGCGGAGAAGAAAAGAGUUGACGUUUCGAGUCCUCAUGACCCUUCGACAGAACUUGAGUUCGAGUGCAAGAGAGAGUUGAAAUAUAAGCUGGUUUAAGUUGGGUCGUCAUGGCUACAGCAUUCAGUGAUGAUGGUUCUAAGACAAUUCAGCGGUCCAUAGAUGUUCUUGAAAAGACCAAUAGAACCAGCUUUAGGGAGAUUGAUGUUGUGUAUGAAAUUGAGAAGACCUGCAGCUUCAUCACAGAUCGUGGCUUCAAAAAGGUGGCUCUUCAGUUUCCUGAUGAACUUCUCACAGAUGCUCCUGCCAUUGUAUCAAAACUGGAGAAAAACACCACAGCCAAGCUUUUCAUAUUGGGUGACACAUCAUAUGGCAGCUGCUGUGUAGAUGAAGUUGCUGCUGAGCACCUUGAAGCUGACAGUAUAGUACAUUAUGGAAGAGCAUGCCUCAGUCCUUCCAGAAGACUCCCGGUUAUGUAUGUGUUUGGACAAAAACCAGUGGAUGUGCAUCAGUGUGCUGCCUCCUUCCGAGUCCUGUAUCCAGACAAGUAUACCCAUGUUAUAAUCCUGUGUGAUGUCAUCUACUCGUAUGUAGUUGAAGAACUACAGCAACUUCUUCACUCAGAGUAUGAAAACCUUGUUGUUUCAAUGAUUUACAGUGGCCAAAAUGAAGCAACUGAUCCAUGCGGGACUGAUGGUUUUCACAGUGGAGGUGAUGUUGAUUCCUGUUCUACCUUCAGAUCCUGCAGCAAUGUAUGCAAUCAUCAAGUUAUUUCUAAGUUUGGCCGACACUUCACCAUCAGUGCCAAUAGUGAUGUGAAAGACUACGGCAUGUUCUACAUUGGACAGGAAAGCCUGACAUUGACUAACUUUAUGAUGACAUGGAAUCAAUGUUCCUUUUGCUCCUUUGAUCCAGUGAAAGGGGCUGGGAGACGGGAAACACUGAAUGUUAACAGGGCUUUAAUGAAGCGAUACUACAUGAUUGAAAGAGCCAAGGAUGCUCAUGUUGUAGGAAUUUUAGUGGGGACUCUUGGUGUCGCUGACUAUCUUUCUACUAUUGGACAUCUUAAGUCAAUUGUCAAGCAGGCUGGCAAGAAAAGCUACACCUUUGUAAUGGGUAAACUGAAUGCUGCCAAGUUAGCUAAUUUCAUGGAGGUGGAUAUAUAUGUACUUGUAGCCUGUCCAGAAAACUCUCUGCUGGAUUCCAGUGAGUUUUAUAGGCCAGUUAUAACACCAUUCGAGAUGGAGGUUGCUUGCAAUCAAGCAAGGGAAUGGACCGGAGAGUACAUUACUGACUUCAGGGACUUGCUUCCAGGUGCUUGCUGCCAUGUUGAAUUUCCAGAUGAGGCCUUCAAUGGUGAGGAGACUGAUGUCUCUCUCGUAACUGGAGCCCUGCGUGCAACACACUUGCUAAAGUCAGAGUGGCAGAACAAAGCAUCAAGCACAUCUCUGAUCCACAGGAAUGAUACUUUAGCAAUCACCCAGUCACAUUCAGCAGCCUCGUUCUUAGCAACUAGGAGCUGGCAGGGACUGGAGCAGAAACUAGGGGAGACUUCUGUGUCAAAAGCAGUGGAAGGGCGAAAGGGCAUUGCGAUUGCCUAUGAGGGAGAGGACACAAGUUGAAGGAACUGGGAUUGGGAAGUUAUCAAUUGUGUAAGCUUUGGGCUGAAAUUGAAGCUAAAGGAUAACAAAUGAACUGACGAGAUUUAUUAAAGAUGUUUUUUUUUAAA